AUGGGUGCUGAGAUGUACAAUCAGGUGUCCGUCUACCGAAAGACUAGCCCAUUCGAGCAAUGGCACCGGUUCCGACGAAUUUCGGUGUCUGAGAGCAACGUGUUUACUCGGUGCCGCGCUAUUUUGCGAAAAUGUGGAAUAUGCUGCGGCAUGCGCCAGACGCAGGGAUCCGCGAGGGACGUGCUAACAGCAUACUGCGGUAGCAGAACGCGUGGCUGA